AAGUAAAAAAAAAAAAAAACCCAGAAAAGAACUAUUUGCACUUACGAAAAAUUAGCAUUUGUUUUAUUUGUUUUUGUGAGGCCCGGGGAGAUUGUUCACAAGAGUCUAGCACUAUGCGGGGACUCGUUUUUGCACUUUUAGCGGCGGCCUUCGUGGCUUCAGUUCAAGGCCAUCGCUACAGAGGCCCAAGAUUCAUCAAUCUAGGAAUCACGGGAAUCCUUCCCCCAGUUUACGCGGGAUACAACAGGGGAACCCUCAGCCGCUUCGGCAGCAUUUCCGGAUCCUCCCUGAGCCGUACUUUGGAUUCAACUUUCCUGGCCAGUGGUGUUACCGGAGGACAAAGCAUCGGGUUGAGCUCGGUGUAUCCCUACACCAGGAGAAGCACUACAAUUAGAACAGUAGCGCCAUUCUCUGGUGGAUUCCAAACCUACAAUGAAUUUGGUGGUCUUCCUUCUGUACCUAGUGAUGGACCCUAUGAUCUUGAUGGACCUUUAUCUGGGUUUGGACCUCGUGGGAGUGACCUAGGACCUUUAGGAAGUGGUGGGCCAUUAUCUGGGGAUAGUGGCGUAGGACCUCUAGAUGGUUUUGGACCAAAUAACGACUUUGGACCUGAUGUUGGCCUUGGGCCUUAUGAUGGCAUAGGGCCGUAUGAUGGCAUAGGGCCUUAUGAUGGUGCAGGACCUGAAGUUGGCCCCGGGCCUUAUGAUUAUUUGGGACCUCGUAAUGGUUUAGGACCUCUUGGCGGUGACGGACCUUUUGGUGGUGACGGACCUUUUGGUGGUGACGGACCUCUUGGCGGUGACGGACCUCUGAGCGGUGACUUCCCAGGAGACGGUUUACUUACCGGAAGACUUGGUGAUCUCGGGCCUUUAGGUGGUGGGAGGAUUUCAAGUGGUUACUACGGGCCAUUAGGAUAUGACUAUGAAGCCAGCCUUGGACGUAGCGGUGCUGGCUCAGUUUAUGAAUCUUACCGUGGAUUGGACGGUUCAGGAUAUCCUAAUCCAUACACUGGUUUAGACGGACGCUUCGAUCUUGGCGAUCGAUUCUCGUCAUCUGGUGAUUAUGAUUAUUUAUACAACUAUCGUCCUGGGGUUUCCGGUUUUGGCGGCGACUUUUCCGUUUCCGGUGGAGGCCCUGGGUUGGACUUCAACCUUCAAGGUGGAGAUGGACAAGGUUUCAGCACUCAGUUUAGUGCAUUGGAAGGACAAGGGUCUCUAGGCCGCGGAACCGGAAGUGCCGGACUAGCAGAAUCACUGGGCUCUCCAGGUGGACGCUACCUAGAAUUAAAUAAUAAUGCAUAAGGCUUUCGAGCCCGACUUCUGGAAAAAGGAAGCACUUGAUGUAAAAAUCUGGUCUCUCUAAAACAUUUAUUGUACAUGUAUAUCAUAUUCAUCUUUUUGUCAGACGCCCGGGGACUUUCACAUUAAAAAAUGUAGC